UGAAAAUGUAAGGGAUCCAUGAAGUUCGUCCACUACCGAUGAAUGCAGAACUGGUUGAACACUAAACGCAAGGUCCAGCGUUCACUGUUUCAUGUAUCAUAUUAUUGGAGAUUAAGCUCAUGAGAAAUCUGAAAGCAUCAAUUUGAGACAGAAUUUGUGUAUAACGAUAAAAUACUCCAGCUACUAUCAUUUGAGACUCCAAAGAAGCAAAAUGAUUAUUUGAUACUGGAGGUGCUUAAUUUUGACAAAAUUAAGUCUAUCCAUGUCAUCAAUGUCGAUCAUAGAGACACUAUCUUUAACAACUCAGCAGUUGAGUUCACUGUUGGAAGAGGAAACAGCUCGGAUAUUUAUAUUCCGGAUAAAAGUUUGCAGAAAAAUAGCUGUAAAAUAGAACUUUCAGGUGGUGAAUUUCGACUAAAAGGGCUAACCCAGGCUUCACAAACAUUUGCACUUGAGCUAAACUCAGUCUCUCUGGCUGAUAAAGCUUCAGACUUCAUUGAAAUGAUGAUUAAAAAUAAGAAAUUUAAAUUUGCCAUUGCUAAAAGUGGGUGCAUAUCUUGCUCUUUUUGCUCAUUUCCAAAAACAAAAAGAGUUGGAAAGCCUUUGGAACUUCUCAGGGAUCAAAUUCCACUAAGGCUAGCUUCUCAGUUGAUUUUUAAUAACACUUAUAACCCAAUGCAAUCGAAAGAGAACUCUGUUGAGCCUUUGUACAGCAUGAAAGAGGACUCUUGACAAGAUAUUCCCUCUCUAAGAUUCAAAGAGCCUGUAACUCCAGCAAAAGGCUCAACUAUGUUAGGAACUAAGUAAAUAAAGCUCUAAUGAUUGGGCCCAAUAUAUCAUCACUAAUACUUAAA